GAAGCCAUAUAUUUACAUCUACUCUCUCCUCCAAGUUCUUUUUCCAGUUAACUGUUUGGGAAUCAACAAGAAAUUGUAUAUCCCUGUUCGCCCAAGAAAGGUUGCUAUGUCGCGGAAGGUGUGCAGUGACUCAUCCAUUAUGAAUUUACCGUCAGAGAUUCUGGCUGAAAUCUUCUCAAGAGUUUCCAUCAAGACUAUACUCCAUUGUCGAAGAGUAUGCAAAAGAUGGCUCAAUAUACUUGCAGAACCUUAUUUUGUUAAUUUGCAUCUAUCAAGAUCCCCUGCAGGGCUUAUAAUCCACCAAGGACUGAGCCAGCCAAAUGUUGAUAUCCUUAAAAUGGUGGAACUUAACGACAAAGCUGACCACCAUGAUAUUCAUCAUGACCCUUUGAUGAAAUUUAUGCUAGGUUUUGGUCUUGAGGACAGUGUUAUGUGGUUAAGUGGUUCGAUUAAUGGGUUAAUUUGUUUAGGGUCGGAGAAAACAAUUUGUAUAUGCAAUCCGAUUACACGAGAGUGCAUACUCAUUCCGGAUCAGGAGUUCAUUGGAAAAUCAUGUGCUACAUUGCAUCACGGCUUUGGGUUUGUCGAAUCCAGCAACCAAUACAAGGUUGUCCGCUUUUAUAAGGGUAGAUUUUCAGCAAGUGAAGGCUCAGAGGAGUUAGGAUGCGAGGUUUAUACACUCGGAACACGUAUGUGGAGAAAUCUAGGACAUGUUCCCUUCUUUAUUGAUGGAUAUGGUAAUGGUAUCUGUGUCGGUGGCAACCUUCAUUGGUUAGGAUGUCAGCAAGAGGAUCAAAAAGAGUCCUCCGAAAGCGAAAGGUUGUGUACUUUUGAUUUGGAUAGAGAAUCAUUUCAAAUAAGUGCAGGUCCUGUUGUUCCUCAAGUUGAUGGCUAUACAACUUAUAGGAACUUAGGAGUCCUAGGAGGUUGCUUGUGUGUAUGUGAUAACACACCAGACCUUGAGUUUGCGAUUUGGGUGAUGAAAGAUUAUGGGGUGACUGAAAGUUGGAGUAAAGAAAUCAUCAUUCGUACCGAUUUCCUGUUUGAGGGUAUGCUGGAUGAGGAAGUUUAUCCUCUCAAAGUUUUGAAAGACGGGACCAUUAUAAUGUAUUGUGGUGAAUUUCAAUUGUUCACUUAUCAUCCUGGUACGGAAACCACACAAGAGCAUGAUUUCCCUGAUGGAGAUUAUAAUACGUAUAAUGCUAUGGUUUACGUCCCAAGUUUUAUGAGUCUCAGGAGUACUUUCAUGCUGGAGAAUGUUUUAGUGCUUUAGUUCUUCAAUUUGGUUCACUGAAUGUUUUAGUGUUUGUACU